ACUUUCAGUUUAGAUGAUGGAGGAAACAAAGUGCAGAGUCACUUGGCGGGGUGUAGCUCUUAUCUAAAUGAUUGACUCUGGGAUGAAGAUGAUGGGACUAGGCAACAUAAGUUCACUGAGUUAAGCUGUGUGUGAUUCCAUGCUCCUCCAUGCCUUUGUUGGCAUCUAAUGGAAGAAAAAGCACCAAUCAGGUCUGCCAUGGUAUCCAGACUGCCUAAGUUCGGUGGGCGCUCCUCUACUGGUGGUGCUAGCCCCUUGUCCAAUGGUUCCACACAGUCAACCACACCUACCCAGGAUGGUAAGACUACUCCUCAAGGGACACGCCCGAAUGGCAUGAUCUGUGCCUCUUCUUUUUCCCUGAAAUGGAAGAGGGAUGAUGGGACAUCCCUCACCAGCCCGACCACCCCCACCAGCCCUGGGGACGUAGGUGAAGACAAGGCUCAGACACAGCUUCCCUCUGUAGCAAAGGAGGUAAAGAAUGGCUCUCCAGCGACGCCCAAGAUGCGGAGGUCAGGUUCUUUGAUGGUGGCUGUCUCCAGUCCCAAAGCCAUCCCCAAACAAUCAUUGAAGAUGAGUCCCAAAGUAGGGACUAAGCUAGGCCAAAGUCCACUGAAUGGAGGUCCAAAAAUGGGCCAUAAUGGUUCCAGCAUUCCUGCUCGAACAGGGUCAGACUCUCGACUUGUGCGGCCAAGGUUAGGCUCCAGCUCUCCCAGAAGCAGCUCUCAAGACAGCCUGUCCCAGUCCAGUGAUAGCCUGAAGACUUUGGCACUGGACAACAUGGUGCGUUCGAACAGCUUCACUCACUUCAAGCAGAUUCCCUCACCCACUAGCCAGCCUAUGACACGGUCCUUCUCCUUUAACCGGGCUGUGGAGCUAGCCAAGCCUCUAGCGAACACUCAGCUCCGACCACCGCGGAGCAGUUUCCUCAGACCCCCUCAGCUGAGCAAUGGAAGAGUGGGUUUAGGACUUGGAGGCCUGAAUGGCUGCCUUGGAGGUUCAGGAGGUCUAGGCGGAGGACUUGGAGGACAGUACAGUAGAACUCCUCCAGCUGCCUCCUCUCUGCCCACCCUCUCGGUCCUGCCAGCACCCAGUACCCCCAGUGCUCUGCGGAAGCCUCUGCUCCCCAGUUGUGUGCUGACCAAGUCAUUGGGCAGCAGUGGGGGGUCUUUGGGUUACAGACUGCCUCGAUCCGGGCAGUCCAAGCAGCAGAAGCCUCUUUUUCCAGGUAGGGUCAAGGGGGAUAUAAGACCUUCAGCUGCCCCUGAAUGUGGAGGGCUGUUGGGGAUAGCAGUAGACAUUGAGCCAACUGGUGAGACUGACAAAGCAGACUCACACAGUGACAGUGAUGGAAGCUCUGGAGAUGGAGGAGGAAAAGGAGGAGGAAGUGGUCUGCUUAGACAGAGCUCUGGCCAGGCAGCAGGCGAGACUCUGGAGGACAUGUCCUUAUCUUCUGCCUCAUCUCUAGACAGAGGCGAGACCAGUGAAGAGUUUCUAGAUGACUUUUACAGUGUGGGAGAUUUGCUCAGCGAUGGGGACCUGCCUGACAACCGGAAAACUGGCAACACUACUCAAACCCGCCUACACAGUUUUCUCAAUGAGACCCUUGACUGGGACAAUAUGGAUCUAGAAGGGCAUAAAGAAGAAAGCCCUAUGCAGGACUCCCAGGGACCACUGGUGUUGUCUCCAGACCGGAGUGAUGUCCUUCAGGCCUCAUCUGUGGAGAUGUCACCCUCCAACAGCUCAGGCGGAACCUACAUGUGGGAUGAGGAUGGUCUUGAGCCCCUUGAGGGGCCUGGGACACAUCCAUGUGACAGCUAUGAUGAUUCAGAGCUCAACAGCAUGGAUAUCCUGAACAACCUGGACCCUCCGGGAACUGGAGAGUUGGACGAUGAUGACCUCAUGCUGGAUGUGGACCUCCCAGAGGAUGGCUUGCAUGACGCUGACAAGAUGUCCCACAUUGAGCACUCAGAGAGGGCCGGUCGACAGGGGCAGCGGCGUAAACACCACCGCUGGAGUGGACCAGAUCAUUUCCACAAUGAUAGCAGGGCCCAUGUCUUCCAGCGCUAUGAUGGUCUCAAGGCUUCAAGGAUUUCUUCACGGCCUGUCUCCUCUGAAGGCAGGCAGCAUGGCUACAUGGCGAUGCUGGAUGAGCUCACACUCGAACACAUGACUCAGGAUUGCAGCUCGCUCAAGAACCAGCUGCUCAGGCUCAAAACGCUACUACAGCUUGAGGAUACGGACUCUCCAGCAGAUGUUCCUGAGGAGGUCGAAGAUAAUACCACUGCAUCCCAGUUGGAGGAUCUGAUUAAGGAAGUGCAGGUGCUCAGAGAGGAGCUGAGGAGUCGAGACAAGACCAUUGCUCAGCUCACAUUGCAGUGUCAACAGCUACAACAUCAGCGGGAACAGAUGCCUGCCCAAGGCCGGCAGUUCAGGUGUCAGUGCAACCACCAGAGGGCUCCAUCUACACUACGACAGAGUGACAGACAGAUGGACAAACGGAUGCAGCAUCACUAUGACAAGGCCACCCAGACAUACUGGAGGCCACCCAACCACGCUCCUCAAAUACUACAGCCUUUCAACCCCUGCCUCAGAGAGCACCUCCACCAGGGAAGACGAGUAAAAACUCCCCCCACCGAGGGCCGCAGUGACCUCACGAGGAAUACACCAAAGGAAGGAAAACAUAUAGAUGCUGCCUGUCUGCUUCAAGACCCUAUGGAAUAUGUGUCUAGACCAGCAGGCCCAGAUGAGCUGAGUCAUCUCCUCAGCACCCACCUGCACCUCCCAGGCUCUGGGGCUCCACGGGGGGUAAAUGCCAGAGACAGUCCAGCAUCAGCAGCUCAGCCUACAACUCAGCAUGAGUGGAGGGCCCCCGCUGGGAUAGUGCAGAACUCUGUCACUCCCGCAUCUGCUAGUUCUGCUUCCCCUCGCAUGCUGCAGCCUCCACGCCUUCACAAGCGCGUGUCUCUCCCUGCACUCAAGCCAGGGGGCACCGGAGGCUUGGUCUCUCUGAAGCCGGGGUGUUCCUUAGGCCCUGUGGCUAGCCGGACCAAGCAGCUGCCCCCUCCGUCCAGAGGCCUUCCCUGCUAUAACGGGGGACCCCAGGUGCAGCCUCGAAGUCUAUGUCGCACUUCGCUGGUUCAGCCUGGCAGAUCAGAGCCUUGCAGUGAUCCGCGGGGCGCCAACACCAGCUUGGAGGAGCCCUACCAGCGGACGCUCAAAGACCCUGGGUCAGCCAAAAUCCUGAUCCCUAUGAAUCGCUCAUGCCUCCCCAAGCCAAAGAUACCCUGAGGAGCUUAAACCCACUCAUCAAAACUCAAAAAUAGAAUCGCUCUGACAUUGAUAUUCAUCCCCUUCUCUCUCCCAGCCAUAAAAACAGAGUGAUUGUUUUACCGUUUGUGUCAAAGGAACAUUACUCUGCGCUCAUUAGACCACAUGGACCAUUCAGGAACUGUCUGUGUCGUUGACAUUGGUAUUGUGACUACUGUAUUGUUUCUAAAUUAGCCUCUAUAACUACAGCCUGACUGAUUGAUCUUCUGACAGAGGAUUUUAUCUUCACAACAAUCCAUAGUGGUAUAUAACAGUUUUCAGAUUGAGAGCAAUUUGUGGAAGAAGAAGUUUACUAGACUUGCACAUGCAAAUGUGCAGGAAAAAGAGUGUUACCAUUCAGAGAAGUCAGCUUGUUUUGUUCUUUUGUAAUACCCGCUGGCUAUUAUCACAGUUUAAAGUCCAAGUUCACUCGUCCUCACAAAGCUGUGCCCUCUGACACGCAGGUACAUUCGGUUUUAAACGUGGAGGUGACAUGAAUGUGACCUUUGCAGUGUAAUAGAAAGCCCAGGGGAAGAUGGAGACAAAACAAGGAGUGAGAAAAAAAUAAAAAAAUAAAUAUAAUAACAGUAGAAGGGGAAUGGGGACUAGAGACUGGAAAGCAAAUUUGUCAAAGUGCUCUGGAGCUGUCACGUCCAGAAUGAAAAUAUGUGUUUGUGUAAGUGUGAAUGUGAGAGAUGAGAGACAUAGAGGUGAGGGACAAAGGGGGAAAGCAGCUCCAUGCUGAAGGUGCAUACAUGUUUCUACUUCACUUUGCUACACUGCUAAACAAUACACAAGUGAGGAAUUACCUUUCAUAAUGUAGCGGAAAACUUAAGCACUUAAGUGUGCUCAGGUGCAAUGUAGGCCCACUCAUCCAUGUGCAAAUACACAAAGUACUCUGGUUACUUUGUGCAUUUUUAGAUAGAAAACUAGUGUGGAGUAGCAGGACAUAUGAUGAAAGAGAGGAGACAGCAUGUAGCAAAUCUAAUUAUUGUCUUACAGUCUUAUAUUAAUCCUUACUGUAAGACAAAGACAUAUAGUACAAAACAGCCAGUAAUGUGAGGAAAGGUCACUUCCAGUGCAAAUACAUUUGUUGCAAAAAUGUUGAGAACUUUUUCAGGUGAAAAAAAGAACUAAAAAUGAGCCACCUGCCUCAUUUGAUGACAUCAUAAGGUGAUGUAAGAAAAUGUAACAAGGCAAAAUCAGGUUGAGAAGAGUGACGCUUGAUUUGAGAGUUAAUUAACUUGUCAAGAGGGACAUUUGAUCUGUCUUCCUCAAUGACCCACACAUGUAAGCAUCAGCCAACGGAUUCAUUAAACACUGCUGCCUGGUGUGUCUGUGUGUGUGUGUGUGUGUGUGUGUGUGUGUGUGUGUGAGCUGUUGUCGCACCCCCCUCCAACGCCCCCCUUCCCCCGCCUUUCGCUCCCUUGCACAUUUCUUUGGGAACAUCAAAGGUAUUAGCGUGGUAUUUUCAGGUAGGGAGCCUUCAGGGCUUUAGUGGUGCUUCUGUGGGAGUUUUGGAGAAUCGUGUUUAUCUCUCCUUUGCUGAGCUCUUUUGCAGUCAAACGCUCCCGAAAUGUCCCCGAAUGGGGAGCAGUAGUGUGUUAAAAAGGCCUUCUGACAGCAACUCUGCUCUCUUCUCUGUCACGCCGCGUGACCGCUUGGUGUACGCCUCUGGCACUGUCCGGUCUACUGCGUCCAAUAAUGCACCCUACACAGAGUGAGACAGAGAGAGAGAGAGAGAGAGAGAGAGAGAGAGAGAGAGAGAGAGAGAGCCACGCACACACACAUCACACACAUAUACAUCCGGACACACAAGCUGCAUGGACGCACAUGCACGGGAACUCUGACAAAACUCAAAGAGACACGGACCUCAGAGGGAGCACACACACCAGUUAUCACUUCCCAGUAGCCAAACAAACACACUUUGAAUUCUAUAACAGUGCACAAAGGUGUGUUUUUAUUGUUUUGGUAGCCCACACAAAAUGAGGUCUCCGAGUACACAUUGAUCCAUCUCUCCUCCGUAGCCAAAAGAAGAUGGCCGUCUCUUGAUUAACCUGGAAAUGGGCAGAGGCUUGCGUGUCUGUGAGUGUGGAUCCAUGUGGCUGAUAAAACAUGUUUACCUGUUGGACGGUACAACAUUGUGCUGGACCAGCCAAGCAGUCGUCAGUGCCGUGUGAAGCCAAGAGAAAACCAUUUCUUUUAAUGAAACACAGAGACAGAAAAAGAGGAUGAGGGAGAUGCAGAGAGAGAGAGAGAGAGAAUGAGACAGAGCAGGAAGAGAGAGCGAAGAAUACGAGAUGUAGAGAUGAAAUAGCGAAGGCGCUACGAUCAGGAUGAGCUGUUUCUGGCAGACUUUUCUGCUCAUGAAUGUUUGUCUAUAAAAUGUUGUUACGGUGUGUGGAAGAGAGGGGAGGGAGACAGAAUACAUAGCAUGUUUGUUUGUUUGUGUGCACUGUGGUCCAGAGAAUAGCCCAAUCCCCUCAGCUGUGUCACUCACUGCUUAGUAAUGCCAAACGGGAAAUCAAUGUUGCCCACUGUGUGUGUUUGUGUGUCUGUGUGUGUGUACGUCUCCAGACAAUCCUGGCUGCCCAUGUUUCUCUCUUGGAAGUGUGUGUGUGUGUGUGUGUGCGCGCGUGUGAGAGAGAGAGAGAGAAAGAGAUGUGUCUGCCCACAGGCCAAAGGCAAACCCAUGCCAGGGAAAGCAGGGCAGUGCCAACCUUCCCUCCCUGUGCUGUAUUCCCUAUCUCCAAAUCAAUGUCCCUGCUCAGUUUAGCAGUCAAGCCGAUCAGUCUUGCUAGCCAUGCUAUAACAAAACCACAACUGGGCUGAAAACUCCCUGCAGCAGCUCGGAUCAAUUCUGAUGCAGGAUUUUGAUUCAGUUUAUUUUUGCGGGAACACAAAUUAUUAAGCUGCAUUGCACAACAGGAAAAAAAGUUACCAAAAGGGCCGGGUUGCUCCAUAUUUCUACUCUGAAUGGCACAGGACUGCGUUUCAGCAUGUUGCACACAGUAUCUAUCUCUUAAGAUCGUAAUACACUAAAGAUGCACAUCAACUCAGACACAUUACUUGACUUGUAACCAGGUAAUCCACUGAUAUACAGAACGUAAACAGAGUUACUGCAAAAAAAGAGAUAUGUUUGCAGUUUCAAGCUUUCAGUUUUACUUUAAAGACGCUGUAAUCUGUGUAGUAAUUGUGACCUUGGAUAUAGCUGUGCGUAUAUUAAGGAAUCGUUUGUAGUCAUAAACCUCUUUGGAGCAUUUAUGAGCCUUUAAGAUCAUUGUUUUGGUUUUACAGCCCACAACUUUACUGUUUUGAAUCUCUCACACCAUUCGUGUCAACAUUGUUUCUAGAUGCAGAAAAAAAAGCUAAACCCAGCAGACCGGCCACAUGAGUGGCAAGCUGUUAAACACAGUGGAGCAUUUAGCAAGUGAAGAGCCCGAGAGUUCCCUCGAGGGCUGGUGGAGAACAAAAACAGAGCUGAGAAGAAAUAUUGGACUUAAAUGUCUCAGGGGAACACAAACAUGACUCAAUGAAUGCUGGUGCUGUUAUGCAUCUGCUAAAUGAGUGAAUGCUUUUUACUUUACAAGUUGAUAAUGCAUAUGUUGGUGUGUGCAGCUUGUUUCCACUGCUCCUGAGUGGCCUGAAAAUUACUUUAAAACCAUCAUGAGGGGCAGCUGUUUUCUAGCCACUUCUACCUGCUCCCGAUGAUGGUUUUAAAGUGAAACCCAAAGCUUGAAACCUCAAAUAAGCAUUUGUCAGUUUUUGAGUAACUCUGCUCUUAUACUUGACUUGUGUUUGAGUAUCUUUGUGGUCAACAGCAACAGACACGGUACAGUCCAUUGAUGUACUUUUAUAGCAGUUUCAAAUCCACCUCUCAGAUGUUGCAGUUGUCACUUUCAUUAUUGCUGAAUUUCCACUUUGUCGUUGAAAGUGUUAGCAGAUAAAGCUCUGUAUUGUAGCUGCUCAUAUUUUCCUCCAGUAAUAGUCAAGGUCACCCUAUUUAUCGCUCCAUAAUCUCCAAUAUCAGCUGCUUGCAGUUGUUCAGCACUGUCCCAAGUACACUGUGCAAUAUUGUUUGAAGCAAAAAGACGAGGGAACGCUACACUAUAUUUUAAGCGACCUUUUAUGCAGAUGAAAAAAAGCAAAUAAAGCUUUUAAAAAUUCUUCUCUGAAGCACUUUAAAUGAUGUUAGUUGUCGAUGCUGAAUUAACAUUAAACUGGAUUUAGACGCUGCAUGGAAUCCAUUUGGUUUUACAGUAUCAGUUUUUAUCCCUUCUUCUUUCCCAGUGUGUCUCUGUUUGCAAAGUCACUUUUUUGUAGGAAGCCAUGUGAGACAGCAAUAAAAGUCAAACCUACAUCUUGAUGAUGGUGUUUUGGCUAAUCUUCUGUUGGAGCUUUGUCACUAUGUUGUCUAAAAUAUGUUCUUCCCCUUGAAGUGCUUGCAUGUUAGACCAGUAACCUCCACCUUAAAUGCUUAACUGUAGGUCAAAGGCAAAAUGUUGAACAUCAGAGCAGAAGAUGGCGCUGCGCCAUCAGUGAGAGGCCACAGGUGAAAACGCCGGUCCUAUCUUUGGAGGUACCACUUUGACAGUCAGUGUUAUUGAUUGAUCUGGAUCUGCAUUGCACAGCCUCGCCAGCGCUUACACACACCAACAAAGCUGCUGAAUUGAAGAUGAAGGAGAAAACAUGUUCUCAGUUUGUUCUUAUUGUUUUCACUGUCUACUGGUUGUAUUUCUGUGGAAAUAAAGUAUGAU